AAGCGACAAGCAAGACUGGAUCUUCUCCACCCUCGUGGAUCCACCUGACCCAGAAGAUACUACAAGACAAUCGAAGAAGGACUUUGAUGAAAGUCGACGCACAUCUACAAGAAUUCUUCAGGUAAAAGUGACGAGAAAGCAGUUCACGUGAGGAUCUUACUAGUAUAUCCAGAAUAGAAUCGAGUCAACAAACCAACCGGGGAAGAUGAGUGCCACCGGCAGCGCUACUACUGUUUCUGAUUUGGGCAACUUCCAAACCUGGAUGCAGCAAUAUUCAAACGACAAGCAUCCCCACGGCCCACCACUCGAGGAUCUUUUGUCUCUUGCCAUUCAACUUUGCCUGCAAUCCGAGCGAGCAUCAGAUGACGGUGGUAUCUCCAACAUUACAGGCGGUUCUGUUUUCUUGUAUGCCAAUCUGCACUCAAGACUGAUUCUGAGUGUGGCGUCAUCUUCUCAGAACGGUGGUAACACGAAUGAUGAUGAGACGAACAAUCAAUGCAGUGAUCAGUUUGUGACUUGGCAAGGUAUACAUCAAGAUUGGUUUGCCAAUGUCUUCCUCGCCUUACCGGAAGUCAAGCAGUUGAUGUCCUUUGGUUGUCCCAUGUGGUUCUUGCGAUGUGCUGGUAUUCUAGUCAUUCUCUAUGGACGCACCAAUGGGGGUCUACCAAAAGGAGGGGCUCCUGCAACAGCAAGUCUAGAGGAUCUCCUGUUUUUACCAUCGCCAUCGGAUGGUGAGACCGCAAGGCAACAACCUACCAAGAAUGCUACCACGUUCAUCUCCUUCACUGGCUCAUACACCAUUGAGCAGUUUACUUCCCUCAUCAACUCCUCACCCGAGUUGGCUGAAAGCAGUAGCUACUUGUGGAUUGACACUUUCUGUGUCAAUCAGUUUGCCUGGACACAGCGAAAGGAUGACAAAAUGAAGGCUUUCAAAAGGGGUUUCAUGGAAGAACUGAAGCAACAGGUGUGCAACAUCCAAGCCACCGCACUGCUGCUCCCAAAAUGGGAUGAACUUGCUGCACUGAAGCAAAUAUGGGUGAUAUGGGAGAUUUUCUCAACAGUAGAAGGUGGGGCCGAGCUUUCGUUGGUCAUCCACCCGGAAGAACAGGCACGUUUUGAAGCUAGUGUCAUCAGCAAUAGGGAGGGAAUCAAUGCCCUCUACAAGGCACUUGGAGACACAAGGGUGCAGAAUGCCCAAGCAACAGUGCAGAGUGACCGAACAAUGAUUCUCAACCAUGUUGAGUCGACAGUUGGAUGUGCGGUUCUGAACAACCGAGUCAAUGAAGUUUUGCGUGGUUGGAUUCAAAAUGUUCUCAGUGAACUUGUCGAAGCAAGAGACAAAACCAAUGGCGAAGGUUAUGCACUGUUUUGCAAUGAGAUUGGCGUCAUAUUCAAUUACAACGGAGUCCAUGACAAAGCCAUGGGGAUGCACCAGAAGGCUCUAGCUAUUCAAGAAGCUGUGCAUGGUAAGGAUCAUCCUCUACCUGCUACCACCUAUCACAACAUGGGAGGUGUGCUGGAUGCCAAGGGAGACUAUGAUGGAGCCAUGGCAAUGUAUGAGCAGGCUCUGACCAUCAGAGAAGCCAUUUUGGGCAAGAAUCAUAUUGACACAGCUGAUACCUACAACAACAUGGGCUCAGUGCUGAAUAGCAAAGGCAACUAUGACGAAGCACUGGUCUUGUAUCAGAAGGCUCUAGAAAUCAGAGAAUCAGUGUUGGGCAAGGAUCAUCCUGAUGUUGCUCAAAGCUACAACAACAUUGGGAACUUGCUAGAUACCAAGGGUGGCUAUGACCAAGCUUUGGUAGUUUUCAAGAAGGCUCUGGAAGUAGAUGAGACUGUGCAUGGCCAAAAUCAUCCUAGUACCGCCACUGCCUACAACAACAUUGCCGGUGUGCUGGAGAACAUGGGUGACUGUGAUCAAGCCCUGGAAAUGUAUGAGAGGGCUCUGACAAUCCGUGAAUCUGUGCUGGGGAAGGGUCAUCCUGGCACAGCAACCACCUACAAUAACAUUGCAUUUGUGCUGGGAAACAAAGGUGAUAAUGAUCGGUCCUUGGCAAUGCAUGAGAAGGCUCUAGCCAUUUGGGAGAGGGUGUAUGGCAAGGACCAUCCAUCAACUGCCACAACCUACAACAACAUUGCGUUUGUGCUGAAGGGCAAGGGUGACUAUGAUCAGGCCUUGGCAAUGUAUGAAAAAGCUCUGGCCAUUCGAGAAUCUAUGCAUGGUGAGAAUCAUCCUGAUAUUGCUGUCAGCUGCAACAACAUUGCGGGUGUGAUGUAUCGGAAGGGUGACUUUGAUGGUGCUUUGUCAAUGUUCAAGAAGGCUUUGUCCAUUCUUGAAGUGGUGUUUGGCAAGGGUUAUCCUUAUACCAAGGGCUGUCUUCAAUCAAUUGAGGUCGUCGAGGACAAGAUUCGUUCUGGGGAUUAAACUUUUGUAUAGAAUGUAAGCAUCAGCAUGGUCGUUUCAAGGUUGCAUGGGGCUCUGGGAGGUGCUGCCCUCGGGCAUCCUGUGCCUUUCAUUGCCACCAGGCUGUUGCAAGUAAAGCAAACAAACAGGAACAAACAGCUUCUGUGGCGAAGGGGAGGCAAUUAUCUGACACAGCAGGCCUUAAGGCAAGAUCGAGUGAGGACGGCGAGAUGAAACAAAAGAAUGCUGUGAUGAGACUUUCAGCAGGAGGACCCCCCAGGCCAAGACAGCUAGCUGGCUUGCCAGGCAAUGGUAAGAAGUGUACAAGAACACUUGCACCGUACUACACUGCACAGGAGUCGCGUUGAUACUGUAUGGAUGUAUUAAUAGUCUAUCUAUCUAUUUCUU